GGAUUGAAGGGCACUUGUUCAGUGGAAGAAGAGGUUCAUUCUGCACAGUGAAGAAGCAUCAUGGCGGGUCACGACUCCGGCACUCAGCACCAGUUCACCGGCAUUGCCAAGUACUUCAACUCCUACACCAUCACAGGAAGGAGGAAUUGUGUCUUGGCCACAUACGCCAGCAUCGCCGCCAUUAUCCUGUUCUUCAAACUGAAGCCCAAGAAGAAGGCUGUAACGGCGAGCUAAUGUAUUAUAAGGUUUUGUGAUUUUUUGCUGUACAGGAUGAAGAUUCGGUAACCAGUUGUCUUGAGUCACAAUGUUAAAAAUAAAGUGUACCAAACUCCAA